AUGCCACAGGACCAUCGAUACCAACCAUUGUCGAAGGAGGUGGAAGCAGAGAUUCAUGAGGAGGUUACUGCAACCAAGGCCAAGAAGAAGUACUUUGAAACGAAAACGAUUCUUGCUUUACUCUGUGGAGUGCUUCUAGUGCCCACUGCCACUUGGAUCGUCGGCCCCACUAACCUCAUCGAGGGUGAGCUCGUCCAGAGCUUUGGUAGCGAAGGUCGCCAACCGGUGUCCCUUUGCGAAGCCACCGAUCUUUUGUCCAUUCAAGCCCCAAAGAAGAAUAUCUGGAAGAAUCUUUCAAUCAAGGAGGCGACCGAUAUCCGUGAUUGGCUUUGGCAGCCAGAGAGAGGUCUGAACCUUACAAAAUCAGCCAUCGCGGCCGACAACGACAAUGCAAUCUUCUUGAUUGAGGCGUAUAUUCCGCCGAAAGCUGCUGCACUAGCUUACCUCAAUGGCUCGGCCGAAGCGCCGCUCAAAUAUGCCCAUGCCGUGGUCCAUCAUGGGAAUACCGAACAGAUCGUGGACUACUUAAUCGGACCUUUGCCAUUGUCCAGCGAAACUUCGAUGCGACCGUUGACUGAGAUCUAUCAUCGACCAGAGAUUCCAUACAAUGCUCAUGGCUUCAACCCCAACUCGACUACGAUGGGUCUACUUUUGGGCUCCACCUUCGGCCCGAUGAGCGACAUCACUAUGGACCUCUUCGGGGGCAUCUCCAAGGGGCAUGCCAACGAUACAUUGAUCGGCUCUGCGACAGCACCUAUGAGCUACGAUGGCUCUUGGAGGAAAGCUUGGGUGGGGCUCAAGCUGAAUGUCCCGGGACAUUACCUCUUCCCUGUCGACCUUUACGCUUACUUUGAUCUGAGCGGAACCGAUCCCUCUCAAUGGAAGCUCUUGAAAUUGGUCUACAACGGCCAAGUGUUCGCUUCCGAAGCCGAGUUCCGGAAAGCUUGGUCCGAAGGCAAACUCAAAAAAUCUAAGAAGCCGCUGCUGAAUGAUACCUCUGAAUGGGCGACUCGAACGCGUAAGAACAAGGGCGGCAGGAGAGAUCUCGAUGACCGUGCUGGACCGAGGAGCGUCAGCUUUGAUGGCCUUCGUUUCAGAGUCGAUCAAGAGGAGCAGUACCUCACUUGGAUGGACUGGUCUCUCUAUCUCGGAUUCGAGAGGGACAUGGGUCUGAAUUUCUGGGACAUCAACUUCAAGGGGGAAAGGAUCAUCUACGAGAUUUCACCCCAGGAAGCCAUGGCUCAGUACUCUGGCACAGAUCCUCACCAGGCGACGACUGUAUUCCUUGAUAGGGCCUUCGGCAUGGGCGCAUCUGUCAAGGAACUCAUGGUCGGCUACGACUGUCCCGCCGAAGCUGUCUACCUUCCUGCAACUGUACACACGGCCACCGGUUCUUCAACCCGGCUAAACGCCAUCUGCGUCUUUGAGAAAGAUUCCACCAAGCCCCUCAGUCGACACACCGGCUGGCUCAAGGACGAGAUGGGUGCCAUCAAGGGCUACGAGCUGACAGUCAGGUCGAUCAGUACUGUUGGCAAUUACGACUACCUGUUCGAUUUGACCCUUCAGCUGGACGGAACUCUGGAGCUGCGUGUCUCUGCCUCUGGAUAUCUGCAAGGAGGAGUAUGGGAUGCAAGCCAGGCUCCGUACGGCCAUCAGAUCAGGGACACCUCGAUGGGAUCGUUACAUGAUCAUGUGAUCAACUACAAGGUGGACUUCGAUAUCGCUGGGACUCGAAACUCGCUCAUGUCUGCCAUGCUUGAGAUGGAAGAGACCACUGCACCAUGGGUCGACGAAGACUGGGGAGAGACUUUCAAGCAGCAGCGUGUGGUACGAAAGAUGAUCAAGAGUGAGAACGAUAGCAAACUUGAAUACGCCAAGAACAUGGAGGGAAUGUACAUUGUCACCAAUGAGGAGGAACACAACUCUUGGGGAAACGCCAGAGGUUAUGCCAUACACCCGGGAGCCAGUACCAUUCAUCUUACGAACCUCGAUUGCAAGCGGACCGAAAACAAUGUCAACUGGGCUAAGCACUCUCUGGCAGUGACGAGACGUCACGAUAACGAGCCAUAUUCGUCGUCCAUGUGGAACAUUCACUUGCCAGGCAAGCCGACCGUUGACUUCUACAAGUUCUUCGACGGCGAGUCGCUCGAGCAGGAAGACCUCGUGGUAUGGCUUAACCUCGGCACGCAUCACCUGCCUAGAGCGGAGGAUUCGCCUCAGACCCUGACAAACGUGGCGACGUCAUCUGUGCUGCUCACCCCCUACAACUUCCACGACUACGACGUCUCGAUGGAUGCACUCAACGCCAUCAUACUUAACGCGCCUGAGCCUGGUAAACCCUGGAAAGUCGAUGAGAACGGCGUGAAGCCUUCGUACUGCAUGCCCCGAAAGCUACCUGACUUCUCAUACACCGGGCUCUUGCAAUUUGAGGAAGACGGCUCGCCCGCCACGCCUGCCGAGAUCAUAGAGCAGCGAAGAAUCGCCGAAUCUUGGCACGGCCUACACGCGCAGAUCUAA